AUAGUAACUCUUUUAAUUGGUUCCUGAUUCUGACGCAUCUUAGGUUGUUAUCAAAAUCAGACAUGUUGUUUUGCUACAAGACAUGUGGUCCUUCGACUAUCGGGGUCGUUUGAAAACAAAUUGCUUCUAUGUUUGCAGGCAAGCGAGAUAUCUCGGAGGUACGAAGAUGCCCGAGUAUUGUGUUGCUCACGGUUGCAAAAAUGAGCGAAAUGCCGAGGUCAAGGCACGGAAAAUUACCUUUCACAAGUUUCCAAAAGAAAAACAUAAAAGGAGGCAAUGGGAAGUUGCCCUCAGGAGAAAAAACUUUGUAGCCAGUGACCACUCGGUGCUCUGCAGUGUUCAUUUUAAUCCGGAGGACUUUGACAGGACCGGCCAAACUGUCCGGCUUAGAGCUGGAGCCAUACCAUCCGUUUUCACCCUUCCGGCUCAUCUCCCAAAAGCUUCAAAGAGAACUAAAGAAUGUCUGGAACUCGAGUCGAUGGAUGUGUCUCAGGCUGUCUUGAAACCAGAUCCUGAGCCAAUUGUUGCCCGAAUGACGGAUGGUGACAGUAGGAUUAAUGAUGAGAUGAAGAAUGAUUCUCAGUCCCACACAACUGAUCACUCCUACACAUUGCCUCCUGCUUGCCUUCUAAAGAAAAGGCUCGAUGAAGCCCUAGCAAGAGUGGAGAGUCUGGAACGCGACAGCAGGAAUGCAAAAAUCAGGGAAAGUAGGGCGAAGCAAACGGUGCGCUGCCUGAUUGACGAACUGAAGGAGAAGGACCUCAUCAACAUAGAGCUACAAGACAGGCUUGAUUUUUACUCAGGUCUGAAACUUGACCUCCUUGAAAAAAAGGGCCACGAGUACUCUAAGGAUCAGCGAGAAUUUGCCCUCACGCUCCAUCUCCAUGGUCCAAAGGUGUAUGAUUACCUCCGCGACACUCUGCAACUUCCUCUCCCGCAUUCAAAGACUUUGCAAAAGUGGAUGGGACAACAACCCCAUGACAGGACAAUUCCAGACGAUUUACCAGCCUGAACACACUGGAUGAGGCAAUGUGAAAGCACAGGACAAGGCUGUGUUCCUGUCCGCCCUGCUCCAGUAGGUGAAGAACCGGAUUCUUUUUCAUACCCUUCUGCCUACAUACAUGCCAUCAUGAGUGACCAGAGCAACCUGCCCACCUGUUGGUUGGUCUGAUUGAAAUUGCCCUGGACUUAUUGAAAAUGCCCUGGUCUGCAUUUCUGGUGGCGUUGUUGUUUGAAAGAUGUUAAUAUUAUCUAAUGUAAAGUUUGUUGUUACCAUAUGCUUAAAAAGUAUUUUUUGAAGGAAAAACGUUUCCAAGCCACACUGGUUACUUGUACAAUAGCUACAUAUCAGUCACUUGUCAUAAAACUGCAUUAAAAUUGUUUCAAAAU